GGGGGGGUCGAGGAACAAAUUUGCAGAUCGAGUAAUGUGAAGACUCGGAAUUUUUCUCUUAACGGCUGACAGUUAAUAUAUAAUAUAGAUGGGAUGAAUUCUGUUCCCGUUGAUAGCUUCAAAAUUAUCACUUGAACAAUCACUAUGGCAAGACCCCAAACAUCGCCCACCCCCUACCCGGACCAAUACACUCUACAGCCCAAUGUGGAAUUCAUAUUUACCUCCGACGAGAGCUGGUCUCACGUCGAGGACAUGGCUCUGCGGAGACGAAUUCAGAACAAGGCCGCUCAACGAAGAUAUCGCCGCAAAAUGAGAGACCAACAAGCAGCAUCCACAGCGGGGCACCGAAGCCCCGUACCUUUAGCGAUGGAGCUUCCCUCCGAUCUGCCUUGGUAUCCCGAUUCUGCACAGGGGCCGAAUCCGACAGCAACGGGAGAGCACACUCCGGCGCUAUCGUGGAACUCGGAAACAUGUGCGUUUUUAAACGGGACGCCGAAUGAGCCAUGGCAAUGCCAUCCGUCAGAAGAAUUACUUUUUCCGCCAUCUGGUGACCAUUCUCGUCCGUCGUCGGUAUCUUCUUGUCUUAGUGGAAACGCGUUUCCUCAAGAUGCAGGAUUUUUGGAGCAGAGCGGGCGGGGCUUCCACGGGGCACUGCCUAUUGAUGAUCCAUUCCUUGCCGUCGGGAUACCCAAACGUAAUUGCCAGUCAUCGCCUCUUCCGCUGUGUUCAAAAGAUACAAAUGCAGACCGUUUAGCGAAGCGCAUUAAAAAGACACUAGACGAAUUAUCGUUGCUCUACGAUAUUGGUAUCGAACUGGAGCUGGUACCCCAGGACAACGAUAUGUUUACUCAGUUGGAGAAUCUGAAGAAGGGCUUUGGUAAGACCAUGGAGGCGGCAUGAGAAUAGAUCAUGAUGGUCAUUAUAAAAAUUUGUUUAUUAGCGUGUGGCAAUCUCUAAUCUCAACUCAUGUGAAGCGACCCUUUCAUUGAAGCUUUCUAAAUGAUUACAAGAUAGGGCCUGUCAAUAGAAUUACUACUAAUAUCCGGAAGAAGACUACAAAAUGGAGAAAGGCAUGGAGAUAAUAUAGAGUCCUUGCUAGACCUAGUACAUUUUCAUUAUAGACGGUAAGAGCCGCCUUGCUAAAUCUACAGGC